AUGAUCAGACUCACGAAAUGGCCCAGUUUUUCACCAUUCUUCUUUAGAAGAUUCCGAAACUUUUUCUCCACCAGCGUCGCCGCUGUAGCGGAUAACCCAUCGGAAGAAGCUGUUUCCCAAAUACUCACUCGCCUGAACUGGUGCGGUAACAAUAAUAUUAAAGUAAAUUUCAACUCGCUUCGUGGUGAUAAUUGGUUUAAAAAUGUAGCUUCUAAUCUGGGACCUGAAGAAAUCGGCACCAUUAUUAAUAAACUCUGUGUCGAGAAUGCGGAAAAUGCAAUCAAGUUUUUCUUCUUGUUGCAGAACGAGCUAGGAGUGAAGCAUUCGCGGGUUUCGCAGUUUGUCAUUGCCCAUAUUUUGGCUCGAAAGCAGCGUCCCCGUGCACUGCAGAGGCAUUUGCAUCAAAUGCUUCUAGAAGACGGCUCUGGAUCUGCACCUUCACUCUGUGAGCUGCUUUUUAAUGCCUUCAGGGGCUGGGAUUCAAAUCAUAUGGUGUGGGAUAUGCUGGCUUUUGUUUAUUCCAGAUCCAACAUGGUACAUGAUGCCCUUUUUGUCCUUGCCAAGAUGAAGGAUUUGGAUAUCCAGCCUUCAAUUAUGACUUACAAUAGUUUAUUGCACAACUUGAAGCAUACUGAUAUCAUAUGGGAUGUGUACAAUGAAAUUAAAGCCAGUGGCAUUCGCCCAAGUGAAUACACAAAUUCAAUUAUCCUAGAUGGUCUAUGCAAACAGUUCCUAAUACAUGAAGCAGUUUUAUUUCUGCAGGAAACUAAAGAGAAAGAGGCAGAGCCUUGUGUUGUUUCGUUUAAUACUCUGAUUUCAGGAUUCUGUAAAAUGGGUUUUGUAGAUAUUGCAAAAUCAUUCUUUUGUAUGAUGUUUAAGUGUGGAUUAUUUCCUGAUGUGUAUAGUUACAAUAUUCUCAUUCAUGGGCUGUGCGUAGCUGGUUCAAUGGAAGAAGCAUUAGACUUUACGAAUGACAUGGAGAAACACAGAUUGGGUCCUGAUCAAGUGACUUAUAACAUUAUUGCCAAAGGGUUUCGUCUACUUGGUAUGAUGGAUGAUGCCUGGAAGGUUACUAAUAGGAAACUACAUAAAAGGUUAAACAAAGAUCUUGUCACAUAUACAAUACUCAUUUGUGGGCAUUGCCAGACAGGCAAUGUAGAAGAAGGUUUUAGGUUGCGAGAGGAGAUGCUUUCUAGGGGACUUCAGCUAAGUAGUAUCUCAUACAGUGUAUUGCUUAGCAGUUUGUGUAAGAGUGGUCGUAUAGACGAAGCUCUAAGAUUUCUUAGUGAUAUGGAAAAUGCUGGUUUACGACCAGAUCACAUGAUUUAUUCUAUCAUCAUUCACGGUCUUUGCAAGUUGGGAGAAGUACAAAAGGCUGUCGAGCUUUAUAAGGAGAUGUGCCUGAAGAAAAGCACCAUAGAUUAUGUUCUACAUAGAUCUAGUCUAUUAGGACUAUGUGAGAAAGGGGCAGUAUCAGAGGCAAGAAGUUAUUUUGAUAAAGUGGCAAAUUGUGACUUGGUGGAGGAUAUUGUCUUGUACAAUAUUAUGAUUAAUAAAUAUGCUAAACUUGGUAAUAUUGGAGAAGCAAUGCAGUUAUAUAAACUAGCAUUGUUGAAAGGAAUUAGUCCUACAAUAGUCACAUUCAAUUCCCUAAUAUCUGGGUUCUGCAAAACCAAAAAACUAGCUGAUGCUAGGAACUGUUUAAAUAACAUCAAGAUGCAGGGUUUGGAACCUACUGUUGUUACUUAUACUACCCUCAUGAAUGCAUUUUGUGAAGAGGGAAAUUUAGAGAGCACAUUUGAGUUGUUUGAAGAAAUGGAGGCAAGUUCUGUGCAGGCAAAUCGAGUAACUUACACCGUAGUUAUGAAAGGUCUAUGCAGGCAAGGGAAGCUGAAAGAAUCUAUCCAGGUUCUCAGGAAAAUGAUAGCUAUGGGUCUAUCUCCUGAUCAAACUUCUUACAAUGCUCUCAUUCAGAGUUUCUGUAAAGCUCGAUAUCUGGAAAGAGCAUUUGAGUUACAUAACAUGAUGUUACGACAUAAUCUUCAGCCUAAUCAUGUAACUUAUAACAUUCUCAUUAAUGGUUUAUGUGUUUAUGGAGACCUAAGGGAUGCUGAUAAACUAUUUUCUUCUCUCAAAGACCAAAAUGUUAGAUUGUCAAAAGUUGCCUAUACUACUCUAAUAAAAGCACAUUGUGCGAAGGGUGAUGCUCGGAAGGCAAUGGUUCUCUUCAAUCAAAUGAAAGAGAUGGGGUUUGAAAUUUCUAUCAGAGAUUACAGCUCUGUGAUCAAUAGACUUUGCAAAAGAGAUUUAGUAGAUGAUGCAAAGCUUUUCCUUCGAGUGAUGUUAGUUGAUGGCAUUUCUCUCGACCAACAAAUUUGUUCGGUUAUGCUUCAUUCAUUUGACCAAUUUGGUGAUUUCAGUUCCAUAUUAGAAUUGUACGCUGUGAUGAUCAAAUGUGGCUUUGAUCCAGGUUGA